AUGGCCGGCGAAAAACCUGUGCCGCGUGCCACGCGGGUCUCGAUCGCCUGCAUUCCCUGCCGCUCCCGGCACACCAAGUGCGACGCCACUCGCCCUUAUUGCCGUCGCUGCUCGUCCGAAGGCAAGAAAUGCUACUACGAAAAGUCGCGAAGGGGCGGUCUGGACCGGGCGACGUUGGCCGCCCGCAGGAACCAGCGGAACCGCGAUGCAGAGUCGUCCUCGUCCAGCGGCCUCAUGGGUAGCCUCGAGUCUCACGACGUGUCCUUGGAGGGUGACCCGGCGCAUGCCGGUAGACCAUGGCAACCUCCAGCGUCGGAUAACGGCAGUACCGGAUUUGACAGCCGUUCGAUUGCCGCCUUGAUCGACCCAUUAUUCGGUAUCCCCGACUCCAUUCACUCCAUUCACCCGUCUGGCUGGACGGAGAACGACCCGCUCAUCGGCCUGUACUACGAGCACUUCCACCGUUUCCAUCCCUGCGUUCUUCCACAGCGAUAUCUCAGAAGAUACCUGCAGGACCCCAGCAGGCGGGCUUGCUUGGAACCCCUAGUCUCAGUUCUUCGUUUCAUAGGCUCCCUCUACGGACUGUCGGCCGAGUCUUCGAAGCUUGAGGAGCAGGCUCGGAAAUGCAACAACUCCCUACAAUGUCCUGCGGGGCGCCUGGAUCGGGCCUUCCUAGUCCAAUCGCGCCUUCUGCUCUCCAUCGCCCUAUAUUGGUCUACUGACAUGGAGGAGUCUCGCUGGGCGCUGGACCACGCUAUACGCGAUGGCUUUGACCUGGGCAUGCACCGCCGGCCCUUCGCGGCAGAGAAUUCUGCAGGGGAUCCGGUGCUGGAGGAGAGUUGGAGGAGGACGUGGUGGCAGGUAGUCAUCGUGGACGCAUAUUUCGCGGCCAUCGAGCGGAAGCCAAUUUUCGUUGCGCAAGAUGAAGAGCCAACUCUUGACAUGCCGUGCGAGGAAGAAGUUCGAUACCCGUGCCCAAGACUGUGGAAGAGUUCGACAAUCCGAUCGCCUGGCAGGGGUCAACGCAAAACAUGUCCCGGGGAGGCGGUUGAGGCGGUAGGCGUCAUGAUUGAGGGGUGGUUCCUCUUGCUCCCAGAGUCGAAGCGCCAGGUCAUGGGCAAGGACGGGAUUAUCGAUGAGCUCAUGUUCCAAGCUCACAUGGGGGCCAACGCUUGUGUCCUCGCUGUACACCGUCCCUACUCGAACCUCCUCUACAACCCCAUGGAGAUAAUAUCCAGCUGCGCCACCGGCUCGCCCAAGCCGUUGCCGAUCGGCAACCUUGUCAACGUGCAUACCACGCGCUGUCUGAAGUCCGUCGAAGCCCAGCUGCGCCUCAUGGCGCUGCCCGCCCGCCCCUUCUGCCACACCCCCUUCGUCAUCUGCAUGAUGACGGCCGGCACGAUCCCGUUGCUCUCGGCCUGCAAGUUCCUCUUCACGGAAAAGCGGCUCGGGAUUGCGCGGCAUCAGAUACGCAUGAGUAUCGGGUGUCUCAAGGCCAUGGCGGGCAUAUGGCCGCAGGCUGCGGUGCAUGUGAGGCAACUCCAGACAAUAGCUCAGGAGGUUCUGGGGCUCCCUUCUCGCGAGGCUGCUGUUGCUCCGGACGCCGGGGCCAGUGGUAACUCUUCUAAUGGGACUCCGUCCGGCUCAUCCACGGCCGUGGAACCAUUCGAAACGCAGCUCGAUGGCCCCUUUCCGCUUGACUCACUGGACGAUGGCUUUCAGGUGGGCUGGGAUAAUCUGCAGCACGAUCUUGCCUGCUACGACUUUUCUGCAAUCGGUUGA